AUGCCGAACUCGCUCAGCAUUGCGAUGGUGGGAUGCACAGGCACAGGCAAGACAUCGCUGGCUCGACGUGCAGGCUUGACGCCUCAGGAGGCAGCAGAGGAACCGCAGGAAGUGCCCACAUUGAUGGUCAGGUGCCACAGAGCCGUGGUUUCUGAUGAUGCUACUGCGAUGCAGGUGGAAUUCCGGGAGGCGCCCAUCUGGGAGCUGGUUCUUGACGCGGAGUCGCACUUCGCGAACGGCCCUGAUGGUGUAUUGUUUGUGGUGGACUGCACCAGGAAGGAGACGGUCGACGAGGUGCUCCUUCACUGGCUGCAUGUGGCGCGAUACCACUGUGGACCGCAGGCUCCUUUUCUGUUUGUUGGCAUGAAGAAGGACCUCGUACCGCAGGAGGAAGUGACUGCAUUGCAGUCUCGUCUGGAGCAGCUGCACCUGCCGACGCUGAUAGGGAGCUGCCUGGAUCCUACUUUCCCGAGUUCCAUGCUGAAGGAGUUGCUGCGACUUCGUCAGCACCCCCACGCGCAUCGCGGAGCCCCUUUGCUGGCGCCAUUGCCGUUGCUGGUCGCCGGUUCGGGCGGCGGAAGGAGCAAUGACCCGGAGGUGCUUCCUGCUCUUCAGCGCGCAGCGCUGGCUGCGGACGUCACGCCGAGAGCUCCCUCGGAAGCGCCGAAGUCGGCACGCGAGUCCGCACGCGGCCGUGAAAGCCGCGAGCCUUGGCAGAUCGCAAGAGGCGAAGUCUCCAUCUCAGCUCGCAUUGAUGCGGCAGAUCGAGGAGCCUGGCAGGGCGGAGGACGCAGCCCCUCGUACUUCGGCUUUUGGGCAAAUAUACCUGUUGUGGCGAAGCAAGUUGAGCGGUCGCUGCUGUUGAAGCGCUGCGGUGCCGGCAGAGACAACCCGGAGGAGAAGCUGCGGCGUUUGCUUCGAGAGCUUUCGCAAGUCGAAUGUCCUUACCUCGCGAAGUUCUAUGGGGCCUGUUUGGAUGAGCCGGAGCAGCCGGUGUACCUCGUGAUGGAAUACAUGUCAGGAGGUGAUUUGGAGCGCUUCUUGAGGAGCAAGCGUCAAGAGCUGCACCGACCCUGGACACCACCCAGGUCCUUACUUCUUAGCUGGUCCAUCAGCGCUGCCGGUGCUGUGGCUUUCCUUGCGGGGCUCAGUCCCCCGAUUGCGCAUGGCAACUUGAGACCAUCAAAUCUUCUCCUUUGUACCAGCCUGGCAUUGCGCCUCAGCCCAUCAGGAGCACUGGCGCCGAUUGACCACAGACAUCAGGCAGAGAUUGGCGCUCCCAGUUUGGAGAGCUGCCUUUACUCGGCACCAGAGGUCCUUGCAGGAGAGCCGUGCAAUGAGGUCGAGAAGUGCAUUGCAGCCGACGUCUUUGCACUUGGUCUCGUGCUGUGGCUCAUGUGCACAGGAAUCCGGCCUUUCCAGCACCUGGACAAUGACGGCAUGCAUAAGCCGUCAGACCACGUCAUGGAGGCCGCGCGAGAUCUUGAGAAUUCUUUGCAGUGUGCUCAAGCCACUCCGGAGGCUUUCAAGGAGGGCCGCGUGCCGCGACCCAGAUCUGGCGGGCUAGCAUGGGCCAUAGGCCUUAAAGAGACUAUGGCUGCGCUCGCAUUCGCGAAGAUGGUGCCUCAGUUCGGUGAAGAGUCCAAGAGAGGCCGACAGGUGUUCUUGUGGCCUCAUCUGCUGGUCGCGAAAAGGCAAUGCCGUCUGAAAGCCAGUGCUGCAGUGCUAUGUGAGCCCAGCCGGCCUUUGCGGCGAAUCGGCUUGUACAGAGUUCUGGACAGGUCCGGAUUGAUAGGCCUGCAAAUUACCCUUCUGUUGCCGAAUGCAGUCUCCGUCUUCGCAGCCUCCUGCUUGGCGUGCUGCUGGGGGCCGGAGCCGGUGCCGCGCUCUCUGAUGCGAACUUUGAGUCCAAGUCCCAGCAUCUUGAGCUUUCCGCUCCUCGACGAGGAUGACCCGGAAGCGGAGAUUGAGCAAGAGAUUGCUCAAAAGUCUCCAGGACGCGUGUGGGCACCUCCCUGCACCAUGUCGACAUCCUAUGAUUGCUGCGGCAACUGCGGACACGAGAAGCUGCAGUCGGAGAAGGCGAUCUGGCUGCUGGGCACAUGGCGCGGUCUGCUGCUGGGAGUGCUUCACGCGUUCCAGUCAUUCACCAACGACUUGCUAGUUUCCACGGGCAGGGAUCACAAAGAGGCCGGCUCAGUGGUUGCAGUGAACCAGAUGAUCGCACUGCUUUUGAUGCCACUGGUAGCUUUCUCCGGAUAUUUCGUCGGGUUGCGCAUCAUGCUGGUGGUCAUCUCUUUGCUACCAUUUUUCGGUACUUUGGCAAUGCUGGCCGCGCCUUCAUUGCUUCUCGAAGCAGGUCUCCUGGCCAUUGCUAUUGCUGCUACAAUCAUGCCGGUGUUACCUCUGGUACUGGUCCCGGCCAACAGCCGAUCUUGUGGCAAGUCCUUCGGCCUGCUCGAUUCCCUCUACGGUUUGGGCCAGGCCACCGUCACGGUUGCGAUCGGUGCCUUGCGGCAGGAGGGGGGCUUUGAAGCAGCCUUGCCGUUUCUCGCAGCUGCGUUUGCCUCCGCAGCCCUGCUUUCUGUGUGGGUUGCGCUUGUCGUCCGGGUGUGA